GAUGCACAGCAGCAGAACUACAGUGUCCGUGUCGUCGCUCUCGGUGGUGGUGCUAGCCGCGGUCGCAGUGACCGUGGCCGGGGUCGCGGUUGCCGACCGCCCGGUCGACGGUCUGCUGGACAGGGUGCUGGACAGGUGUUCGCUGGGACCGGGCGCCGUCGGCUGUUUGAAGGGCAACGUGUUGGAGUUCUUGCGGGACGGCCGCGCCGCCGACGUGGACGCCGACAACGGCGGUGACGUGGACUCGGAGCUGGUGCGAGCGGCCGGCGCGUACAUCGAACGCCGCGUCAACGAGCCCACCGCGCCCGUGGUGCGUCCCGGCCGGGCGAUGGACAACGACGCCGCUCCCGCCGCCGCCGCUCCUGCCGCGACGACUACUACCACAGCUAGAGCUGACAUGGAAAUGGGCAUGAUGCAAGACAAAAUGCUGAUGCCGCUCAUGAUGAUGAUGAAGAUGAAGCUCAAGAUGCUCAUGCCCAUAAUGAUGGCCAUCGUCAGCAUGAAGGCCACCAAGGCGCUGGUGCUCAGCAAGGUGGCCAUCAUGCUGGUGCUCGGGUUCCUCGUCAAGGAGUUCCUGAAGAAGUCCGGCAUACCCGGCCUGCCGAUACACCUUCCCGGAUUCCCGGGCCCGUCGGAACCGUCGUCCACGUCCGCCCCGCCACCCAUGUACGGGCCGCCGCAGUCGUCCAGCUACGAGUCGUCCAGCUCGUGGGAGCCCACGGGAUACUCGAGCCAUUCCUCCGAUUCCGCACAUUCGAUGGCCUACAACAGUUACCAGCCGUCGUCUUCGUCCGGUUCGUCGGCCAGCCUGUCGUCCACCAAAUAUUGAAAAUUGGUCUUAGAUUUUUACGCUAGGUACCUUAACUAAAUUAUUGUUUGGAUUUAUAUUAUUUUUAUUAUUUAUUACUCAGGUAUAGCUCAAUUAAUUUAUUUAUUUCGUGAAAAUUGUUUAAUAAAAAAACAAAUAUAUCAUAUUUUCGUCGUGAA